GAGUGUCACAGUCAAAUUUUUUAGUGCAGCAGCAAACAAGGUGCACCAAAGCAAUUUAAAGUAAAAAUAAUUAUUUUUUAAUACUCAAAAAAUUCAGGACCAUCGAAGAACUAAGUUCACAAAAUAUGGCACGUGCGUUGGAAUUCACUCUACUCAGCGUCCUUUUCAUCGCUAUGCAAGCGCAUGCGAACCUAGCACGCUACCGCAACAGAAUACACGAAAUCAACACCGAUCAAACUUUGAUCGAUUUCCUGCUGAACACGCGCAACCUCCAGCAAAGUGAUCCGAAGCGUUCCAAUGAAUGCUUCGCUUACUAUUUGCCGAAACUCUCCGAUUGCUAUGAUGAAUAUGAAAAGGAUUAUUCACAAUGCUUGUGGAGUGCCGAGGAUAGACGCAAAAAAAUUGACGAGUCAACAUAUAAGCAGCGAGAUGAAAUCGAAGAAUCGAGCGCGCAUGCCUGCAAGCUGCUAGAAAACUGUGUACCAAAUAAGGACUCCAUUGAUUACUUUAAGUGCUUCGAGUUGGCGAGUACUACAAAUCAGCAUACUAUGGCAAAUGUUUCCGCAAGUGCCUCUGAUACGCUGGCUGAGGUGAAGCACGCUUACAGCGACUCUGAUUAUCAGGAGAAUGGUUGUCUGAUCGAUGCGAAACGCAAAUACGAUGGAAACAACAACGUCAUCUAUAACAGUUUACAAAGUUGCCUAAAUGGUGAAUCUGAUGUACCAACAACAACUACAAGUCCCACUGCAUCCACAUCAACUCCAAUUCAUACAACAACAUUAACAACGUUAACAACGCAAAUAUCUCCGGAUCCAACAACAACUACACAAAAUUAUUAGUUUACUCUUUCCAAAUUCGCAUAAAACAAUUUAUAUGGUACUUAACUUCAAUUAAAAUAUUGUCCGAAUAUUUGCCUUAUUCAGUUGUAAUAAAAAUAACAAUAAAUCUCUUACUCAUAUUCAUAUAUUAUCUCUAAAA